AUGCCAGACGAUCAUCAUCACCACGACGGCUGCAGCCAUGAACACCAUGACCAUGACCACGAUAGUCCAGAUGCUGGGCCAAAGGACAAUUUGUAUCCAUAUAUUGAUCGCCCAAACGUCGUUGCAUUAAAUGCCUCUGGUAAUGGCCAAGACGUCAUCAAACCUUGGGACGAGCGAAAUAGCGACCAAGCAUUCGUCGAGUCAGAUGCUGACGACCAGCUAAUCAUUCGCAUUCCAUUCACCGGCUCCGUCAAGCUACGGUCUGUUCUGCUCAAGGCAGGACCAGGUGACCUUAUCCCCACGAAGAUGGCCUUGUUUGCAAAUCAGCCAGAUCUGGAUUUCAGCGAUAUUGCUGACAAAACUCCCGCACAAGAAUUUGAAGUUGCACAAGGGAAAGAAAUAGCAGAGUACACAGUCAAAGCCGCUAAGUUUACCAGCACAUCUUCGCUGACCAUUUUCUUGUCUGAGGCGCAGGGUGGGUUUCAGUCGCGUGUGUACUAUGUUGGUCUUUUGGGCCAAUGGUCGGAGCGGAAGAAAAAUCCGAUUAUUACCGUUUACGAAGCCCAAGCUAAUCCCGCGGAUCAUAAGAAGAUACGAGGCAUGACGGAUAUGUCAAGUACCCCGCAGAUGUAA